AUGAAACACUUUUUAGUAAGAUCAACAGCACAAGCUCUCUUCCGCAGAAGCCGGAACUUCUCAACCGCAGCGAUCGCUCAGCCGAGACACCACCACGGCAGCGGCGCGCAUGGAAGCUUCUACUUGCAGAGGAUGUCUACUCUGCCAGAGAAACAGGAUCAGCAGCCAGAGGAGAACAAGAAUGAGACCAACAGUAAGAACAGCAAAGCUGUAGUUUCGAGUUACUGGGGGAUCGCUAGGCCUAAGCUUCUCAAGGAAGAUGGAACUGAGUGGCCAUGGAAUUGUUUCAUGCCAUGGGAAAGUUACAGCUCAGAUGUAUCAAUAGAUGUCACCAAGCAUCAUGUCCCGAAAACAUUUACCGACAAGUUUGCUUUCAGAUCUGUCAAGUUUCUCAGGGUUCUCUCUGAUAUGUAUUUCAAGGAACGGUAUGGAUGCCAUGCAAUGAUGCUGGAAACAAUUGCUGGUGUCCCUGGAAUGGUAGCAGGGAUGCUAUUACACUUGAAGUCUCUGAGAAAAUUUCAGCACACUGGUGGUUGGAUCAAAGCAUUACUUGAAGAAGCGGAGAACGAGAGGAUGCAUUUGAUGACAAUGGUUGAGCUUGUGAAACCAAGUUGGCAUGAGAGGCUUUUGGUUAUUACAGCACAAGGUGUUUUCUUCAAUGCAUUCUUUGUGUUUUACAUUCUCUCGCCAAAAACAGCGCAUAGGUUUGUUGGUUAUUUGGAGGAAGAAGCUGUGAUUUCAUAUACACAACAUUUAAAUGCAAUUGAAAGUGGUAAAGUUGAAAAUGUACCUGCUCCUGCUAUUGCAAUUGAUUAUUGGAGACUUCCUAAGGACGCAACUCUUAAGGAUGUUAUUACUGUUAUUCGUGCUGAUGAGGCUCAUCAUAGGGAUGUCAAUCACUUUGCUUCUGAUAUUCAUCAUCAAGGAAAGGAAUUGAAGGAGGCUCCAGCUCCUAUUGGCUAUCAUUGA